AUGAGCGGCAACAGCAGCCCUCCUGUCUCCAUCUCCAUCAACCUCAAUGUCUUCCUUUCUGGAGACGCGCGACACGCAGCCGUUGGCGGCAAUGCCGUGACCAUCGCUGCCGACCCCGACCAGGUCUUCUUCAGCACCCAGCACUUGGUGCCCAGGGCCCACACCAAGCCCUUCGAGGCUACUGCACGCCGUAUCCCUGGAUUCCAUAGCAUCGAACGUGGCCAGUUCUACACCGAUGAUGGCGAGAUGGGCAACACCUGUGUCGUCUGGGCUGUGGUCCGCCGUGAUGCCCCCUACAUCCUCGCCCGUUCCAUGGGCCUGUCCGGCUACCAGGCGGUCCGAAUUUCGCCGGCUUGGUACGACAUGCUGGAAGAGACGACCCGCAUCCGCAACGCGAUGGGCGGCAACCCGCAGGGCGACGAUCAGGACGAUUCCGACGAGGAACAGUACCAUUUGGGCGUCCACGAAGACGAGGACUGCACGGGCAACGAGGCGAGCAUCGCCGAAGACGAUGACAUGCGUCCUGAAGAGGAUGUGCGCGCCGCCGGCCAUGGGCAUCGCGCCACCGACACGCAGACUCCCGCGGCCAUGCGUGACGUCGACAGGGACCAUUAG